GGGAAGGGACCGGGCAGGUCUUCGGCGUUGUCGGCCUGGGUGGCGGGCGACUGUCACGGGUGAGGGGGAAGCUCUUCUCGCCGCCGGCUUGGGCAGCUGUGCCUGCCCUCCGGCCAGCCCAGAGCGUCACCCGCCGACGGGGUCCCCUGAGCGGUCUGGGUUGAGCCUUUUAGUUAUCGAAGUGUUGCUCCUCCCGGUACUCGGUGUCUAAGGAUUGCUGGAAGGAGGACCUGUGCAGCUAAAAAUUAAAAUAGUAUGGCGUAUAUGAAGAGUUACUUUGCUGGCAAAGCCACUCAGCCAAGCACGCACAGUCCAGGAGGUUACUACAGAAUGUUGAUGACAACUUCCUGUCACAAAUGGUGGAGGAGCUAAUGAGGAGAGAUAUGCUACUGGACCUUGUGCUAGCAAAUAAAGAAGAUCUGGUAGGGGAUAUGAAGGUUGGAGGAAACCUUGGCUGCAGUGACCAUGCGAUGAUAGAGUUCAAGAUCCUGUGUGGAAGAAGCAGAGCACCAAGCAAGACCAUGACCUAGGACUUCAGACGAUUUGACUUUGGCCUCUUCAAAAACCUGCUUGGAGGGAUCUCAUGGGAUAGAAUCGUAGAUGGUAGAAGUGCCCAUAAAAGCUGGUCAGUCUUCAAGAACCACUUCCUCCAAGACCAAGAUCAGCAUGUCCCCACAAGUAGAAAAUGAGGAAAAGGAAGCAGAGGCCCAUAUGGAUGAAAAAAGAACUACUGGAACUAUUUAAGAAGAAUAAAGAAAUCUAUGUAAGGUAUGCUUUGACUGUGGAGCAAAGAACCCUAGCUGGGCCAGCAUAACAUAUGGAGUUUUUCUCUGCAUUGAUUGUUCAGGGACCCAUCGAUCACUUGGUGUUCAUUUGAGCUUUAUACGAUCUACAGAACUGGAUUCCAAUUGGUCUUGGUUUCAGCUGAGAUGCAUGCAAGUUGGAGGAAAUGCAAAUGCUUCUGCUUUUUUCCAUCAACAUGGAUGCACAACAAAUGACACAAAUGCAAAGUAUAACAGUCGUAGUGCUCAGCUUUACAAGGAGAAGAUUAAAUCUCUUGCAGCACAGGCUACAAGAAAGCAUGGUACUGAUCUGUGGCCAGAUGGAUGUGGAAUGCCACCUGUGUCACCUCAAAACAAAGAGGAAGACUUUUUUGCAUCCCAUGUUUCUCCCAAGGCAAAGAAUACAGAAUGGGUGUUAUCAAAGCCAGCUCCUCUACAGCAGAAAAGUUCAGAAAACAUUCCAGAAUGCUAUGAAGAACCAGAACACGGACCAAGUGUUGAUUGCCUUAGUACAUCACCAAAAGCGGCAUUAGAGAACACCACUUUCAUAAAAAAGAAGCCAAAUCAAGCUAAGAAAGGGCUUGGUGCCAAAAAAGGUGGCUUGGGGGCACAAAAAGUGAGCAGCCAAAGCUUUAAUGAGAUUGAAAAACAAGCACAAGCUGUAGAUAAAAUGAAGGAACAAGAGGAUCUUCCUAGCAGUAAGAAAACUGAAAACAAAGAGCCACUUGUAUCAUCUUUACGAUUGGCCUACAGAGAUCUUGAUAUUAAAACACAAGAAGAAAAGUUCAAUCUAUCUGGUAAGAAGAAAAACGAACUGGAAAGACUUGGCAUGGGAUUUGGCAGCAACAGAAGUGGCAUUUCUCACUCAGUCACCUCAGAUAUGCAAACAAUAGAGCAGGAAACACCUGUAAUUGCAAAGCCAAAGAAAAGGUACACUGAUGAUAUAGAAGACUCAUACUUCUCUUCUAGUUCAAGAUACUAUGAUACUUCAGAUUUGAGGAGCACUUUCUAUAAAUGGGAUGACAAUUCAGAUUCUUUUUGGAAGAAAGAAAAUAAUAGUAGAGAUGUUGACACAAUGUUAACUUCAAAAAGUACAGGAUUUUCAGACAGGCCUGCAUCUCGUUGUAAGACUGAGUACGAACCAUCUUUAAACACAGAUGAGGCACAAAAAAAAUUUGGCAACGUAAAAGCAAUUUCAUCAGACAUGUAUUUUGGAAGGCAAGAUCAUGCUGAUUACGAAACAAGGGCUCGGCUAGAAAGACUUUCUGGAAACUCAUCUAUAAGUUCAGCUGACUUGUUUGAAGAUCAGAAAAAACAGCCAACAGGAACCUACAAUAUUACAAAUAUCUUGCCUUCAGCUCCUGAUAUAGCUCAGUUUAAACAAGGAGUGAAAUCAGUGGCUGGAAAACUUUCUGUACUUGCUAAUGGGGUCAUGACAUCUAUACAGGAUCGAUAUGGUUCAUAACAUCUUUUGUAUCAACAUUAUUACACUAAAGAAGGAUUUCUCUUCAGAUAUACGAGUAAUCACACUGCUGAAUCGAAUGAAGGUUGCCUUAAGACUGUGGAUAUUUUCACUUGUUCUAGUAUAUUUGUUUCCUUGUGCAGCUUUCUGGCUCAACCCCUUCUUGCUGCUAUUUCAUCUUCACAGAGCAGAAAUCUUGUAGUAACUUGUUACAUUGGAUAUCCCUUUUUUUUUUUUGCUUCACUCUUUUAGUUUUGUAUUUCUUAGUGACCUUAAUGUUAGAUGUUGGAAGCUGUUUUGGCUGUGAGGCAGGAAAGAGAAAGAAAAGUGGAUGUGUGCAUUGGAAAUGAGGCUUCCUAAUAGAAACCUGUGCAAUUGCGUCCUUAAUUGCCAGAUGUAACUUCUCCUGACUGUCUUAGGAGCUGUGGAGAAGACGACAUAUAUUAAGCAUAUGCUGAGGUGGUGUUCAGUGGACUGUAACAAAAUAUAGAAUUAAGUUAAACCUACAUUUAUCAGGAAAUAGAGGUUCUUGCAGUCAUAAAUGUUUGUGCAUUAAAAGGAUGGGGAAUUAGUGUUUUAAAACAAUAUUCCUGCUAUGCUUAGACAUGAAGUAUGGAGAAGACAAACACGUGUCAUGUUGAAUAGUGGAUUUCAUAUCGUUGUGGGAACAAUCUAUUCCUAGUUUUAAAGUUACAAAAACUGCAAUAUAAAAUCCUUAAGUGCUUUUUAAAAAUCUAUAUUGUGUACAAAUUGAAAAGAAAUUUUAAAUAUAUAAAGGGCCUGAUAGAGUAGUUAAUUAAAUACUUGUUUAAAAUGUUUAGAACAAUCUUAGGUUAUUUUGAUAAAUUAUGAAAUAUGGAAUGGGGAAACAGUGGGGCUGUGUUUUAGGCAAUCAUUUUAGAAUUUCUUGCUGGUGUCAUCCUGUAUAAAAACGAUUAUGACCUUAAAGAAAAUAAAACUCACAACCAAGAAAGAGCUCAAGCUAAUUCCAUUCUGUAACUUUUUCUUAACUCAAAUUUGUAAACGGAUAUCUAGUAAAAACAAUUGAUAAAACCUCAUUUUUAAAUUAAAUUUCUAUGUAUAGACACCAGACUCCAACUUUCUAAAUAUUACCAUCUAUAUACUCUGUUUAUACAAUGGUCUGGUAAAAUUAGCCUUUCAUUUCAAUUAGUGAAACUAGCUUUCUCACCAAAUUGCUGUAGUGAUUUAGAAAUCGGAAAAGUAAGACUAGGGUAGAAAAUAAGCUACUGCACUGAAAUUAUGUGUUGAAAUGCAGUUCACAGUACAACUCUAGUCAUAUCUAACUCUUAGUUCUGGUAACUUUCUCUUGUGGCUGUCAUGUUUAGAUGUAUUAAUCCAAAACCAACGUUGCUGUUUUAAGAUUAGUACAAGAUAAGCAUUUGUUCUGCUUAACUCUAGAGCUUUACAAUAAAGGGCUUGUUUAGUUUUUUCCAAAAUCAUAUAGAUAUGAUUUUGCUCAUAUAACAAGAAAAUGGACUGGGCAGGGUUUGCUUUUGUUUUCUCUGGUUACGGGUGAUGAUUCUCAGUUUUCAAACUACUCUUUCAGUGAAGUGUACACACAGUAGUAAAUUUAUUACAAGUAAUAACUGAUCUGAAUUUCCAAGUUACAAUACACCAGUGGCAUCCAGUGACUGGCAGAAGAGCUGCUCCUCCAAUAACCAGGCUGCAAAUUUAGGCAUUUAUCGAUGCAGUUGCUUACAUUUCAAGGCAGCAAAGUAUGAUAAAAUGAAGUUCUUGUAUGUAGCAGUGUGUGAGAUCACCCACACUGAAGUAUUUGUGUGCAUGGGUUUUUUUUUUAUGCAUCACUGCAAUACAGCAAACCACCCACAGAUGGAAAAAGUAAAAAAGAAAAGAAUGUUUUCAGUACAAAAUAGGAAGAUAUUCUAGGAGGAAACAAUUACAUGGUCAUCUUAAAUGCUAUAUACAACAUAUACAACUCUCUAACAGAUGUAUAAACUUUUUCCCCUUUGCUGCAAUCUGGAAAUUAUAGCACAGAGUUUUCUGCCAGGUAAACAAUAAUUCCAGUAUUUUGGGGAAUAUUGUGCAGUUCAACAUAAGUUAGAUGUGCUGUUGCAGAUUCUCUCUGGCAACCUGUGUAGCUCUGAUACAUUCCCUUGAUGUUCUCUUGACAUAAUAGCUGGGUGAAUAUCUCUUGACUCCUCCUUACACAUGUUUGUGUCUUUAAUAAACCCAUGAGGUGUCACUGUGUUUCUUGAAAUAGAAGUGGGGAGGGGUUGGCAUGUAAACUGGAAAGGACAGCUUUAACUCUUCUAGUUUCCUGGGAAUUCAGAAUGCCAUGACACUUCAGAUACUGCAGGAUUUGAUUGGACUAGAAAAAGUCUAAACCUAAAAUUAGAUUUGCAUUCCUGCUUUCUGGUAUGACUUUUUCCUUUCUCUCAUCUUUUGGUUUCAGGCACACUUGUCCACUUCUGGUUUUAGAAGAAGGUGUGAUAAAACCACAUAUUGGAUGUGUUCUUGUGGCAUAUUUCCAAGUGAAACUUGGCAUUGGUCACCACUUGUGUGUUGUUGCAGUUCUUUCCUUCAUCCACUCUUACUGUUACACAUCUUGCUGUUUCAGAGAUGGAACUGAAUGACAGCAGCAGCAACUGUGAGGUGUUACACUUUCCCCUGCUUAAAGCCCAGUAAGGACACUGAAUCUGAAGGAAAGGGAAAAUCCUUCCCUGAGAAAACUGUGAAGGGAACCCUGUUACCAUUUGUUUUCUUCCUUUCUGCAAAAUGGGAAAUGCUCAAUGCUGUCAUUCUGAUUUGCUUCAUGUCAGUUUGUUACACUGCUGAGAAGCAAUUCCAGAAUAAUUUUGAUGCUGAUUUAAGCUUUUUGUUUAAAAACUAUUGUAGUGCAAGUCAAGGGACUCCAUAGCAUAGCUGUCUCAAUGUUGCUUUAGCUACGUUUAGUGCUGCUCAUGUCCUGCUCUUGAGACAAAGAAGUCCAGCUGUCAUUGUAAAUCAAAGAUGAAUCAAAGGUGAAGCUGAAAACCACAUAAAAUGGUGUGUGCUUGACUUGGUUUUGAGUGGCUUCUACAUUAAUUAGCUUUUUUGCAUAUCCAUACAUAUGAGACUAGAUUCUCUCUAAUCAGUAAUGGUCAAUAGGUGUCCUACAGACCUGAAGAUUGCCAAGGAUGCAGAAAAAUUGCACCCAUCCUUUGUUCUGCUGCUCACAACUUCAAACAGUAGCACUGGUUUUGUCUUCUUGCAAGGCCAGCUGCUACUGUCAGAAUAUGUUAAUUCGAAUUUUAUUGCUUCAAAUUUGCUCAUGGUGUCUACUAUUGACUUCAAAAGAAGUCUAGUCCCGUGGUCUCCUGCACAAAGCAGAAUGCUCUCAUGAUUCUUUUACAACUUCAAUUUCUGUGAGACUUUUACUUCCCUUUCCACGCUGAACAACGUUGCCCCUUUCCCAAGAUGGUGUGAAAAUAGAGAAGUGUAGCCCUAUUGAAGCAAUUCAAAAAGCCUUGUGGUGCUUGGAGAGUAAAUAGAGGGUUGUCUCCAUCCUAUUUGCAAACUAUACAAGAACAGUUUUACCCCUGUUGUGCAAGUGUCAUGGUUUGGCACAGCAGCACCAUGACAGUCUCUCGCUCCGUGCCCCCAUUCACCCCUACCCUCAUUAGUAUGGUAGAGGCCCCAGCGAAAUGGGAGGAAAAAGAUAAGCAAGAUUGUUGUGGAUUAAGACAAGGGCAGGGAAAGCUCGCUGCCAGUUACCGUUCUGGGCAAAAGAUACUCCAGUACUCAGAGAGGAAAGCAGAAAAUUUUAUUCUACAAGAAACAGAACGGAGUAAAAGCCAAAAGGGAGUAGGAUGAUGAGAAAAUUACAACCAGCACUUUAAGAUCUCCCUCCCCUAUCCCUCCUUUCUUCCCAGGCCCAGCUCACUGCUCCUGAUAUUUCUGCCUCCUCCCCCCUGAAUGGCUCAGAGGGGCAGGGAGGGGGGCAUGUGGUCAGUCUCUUACAGAUGGGCUCUGCCACUUCUCUCUGCUCAGAUGAGGAUGCCUCCUGGCAUUCUUCUCCUGCUCCAACAUGGGGUUCCUCCCCUGGGACACAGUCCUUAAUGAACUGUGUGGGUUCUUCCCAGCAGCUGCAGCUUCUGCCGAUACAGGUUCCCUCACACAGGACGCAGUCCUUAGUGAAUAUCUCUGGUGUGGAUUCUUUGCCACGGUUGCAGUUUCUGCAGUUAUAGGGUCCCUCUCACAGGACUUGACCACUUCUGGGCAUAUGUUUGAUGAGCUGCUUUGUCGUGGGUUCCUUCCCACAGUUACUGCUGUGGAUAUUGGGUCUCUUCCUCGGGACACGGCCUGCUCUGGCCAUAGUGAUAAAGGAUCCCUUCGUCGGGACAUGGUCUCCUCCGGCCAUAGUUUUAAAGAAGAGAAUCACUGCCCCUGGCUCAGGGUCUGUAGUGAAGUGAUUGAGUCCCUCCCACGGGACAUGGCCUCCUCCAGCCAUAGUCACUGUCCCUGACUCGGGGCUUUUAAUGAAGUGACUCACUGCCCCUGGUCCAGGGCCAGCUUUAGCAAAAUGAGUCUCUGCCCCUGAUAUGGGAUCAUUAUCAAAAUGAGUCCCUGCUGCUGAUGUGGGAUCUUUAAAGAAAUGCAAAUCUCAGCUUCACCAGUUCUCUCCAUAGAAUGCAGGGGAGUCUCUGCUGCAGCACACCUCCUCUCUUUCGUCACUGACCUUGGAGUCUGCAUGAUUGUUUCUCUCACUGUUCCUACUGCUUGCACCACCAUCAGCCAGAGGAAGAAGGGACAGGAAAAAAAGGAAGAAGAAGGAGGAAGAAACCUCUUCUGACUUCUUAAAAAGUGAUCAUGGAGGCGUCUAAUUGGCUCAGCCCCAGAAGUGGGUUUGGCUCAGAGCUGGGGAGAGAGUUGCGAGCAACUUUUUACAGGAGCCAUCUUUACAGCCCAUUCGCCCUUAUCAGAAAAGGCUGUCAUGUCAAACCAUGACAUUAAGUCUCUGAGGGUGCACCUUCUUCAACAACAUCUCCUUUUAGAGAGUGGAAAAAAGGAAAGGAGCAACAGAGGACAUGGAACUUCUCUCCACCUUCAGUUUGGCUUGCAACACUUCCUUCUUCACUUGUAGCUUUGGAUUUCCUGUGGUUAGUGUGACCUUUCUGUUCUCUUCAGAAUUUGAUCCUACAGGUAGCUAUUUCUGUGUCUUAGCUGGUGAGAAUUUCAAUUGGUUGCCUACUUAGGAACAUCUGUUGCCACUAGAAAAAACCCACUUUGCCUGAUUGCUGGUGACACCAGAAGGUGGUGAGGGUCUCCCAUAGUGCUGUGUCAUCAACAGCAUCUAAAGGAUGUAGAGGGCACCUAGACUGGGCCCCAUGAGUAGGAUGGAUGUCUACUGAUGCUCCAUACGUUUACAGUAAGGACUUCUAAAUUUCCUCUGAAUUAGGAGAUAGGGAAGCCACAGCUCUUCCAUACCCAGAUUGAGAGUGAAGAAAAUAAUUAUGUUGUUACUAGGUGGAUUUGAGAAGACGCGCAGCAGGAUUGUCCAUGAGACACACAGUGCAGAAGAUCGGGUGAUGGGAACAUUCCUGUGCCACUCCAGACUUCUCACUGGCAGAGUGUGAGAAGCUGGAAAGUUCUUGACAUCAUAGUCUUAGCAAUGACUAAAACCAUCAAUGUGUAAUCAACAUUAUUCUCAUGCCAAAUCCAGAACACAACCCUCUACUGUACCAACUACUAGGGAGAAAAUUAACUCUUUCCUAGGAAAAAACAGGGCAGAAGCUCACAUUGCUUGGUCAUGAGAUAACAUUUUCAAUUCUGCAUAGGAAUCACUUUAAAGAGCUGACGUAGAGCUGCAUUUCUGAAGUAUAACAGCCAGACAUUUCUUUUCCAGUUUUCUCAUUAUAUUGAUGUGAUUUUCUGCAUUCCUUUCUGGUAAUAUUUAAUGUGCACAUAAUGUCUCCUACUUGUCUGACAGUUCUUUCCUGUUUAUACAAAAAUUACUUGGUAGGAUAAUAAUUUGUGACUAAUACAAUUACAAAUGUAAGCAAUUCUGGGAGAUCCAGAAGCAUUAAUAGGGCACUUUGGAGACACGCAGUUCACAAGAAGCUUGACCAAGUGGAAGUAAAUAGACUGUAUUGUAUUUGUGGCAGGCUGGACUGCAUAUAUUUUCUGGUCUGCAUUUGUCACUCAUCACUUUCAGUGUCUGAAGAUGAAUAAUAUAUUCUGUAAUAUUAAAUCA